CAAGAACAAAUGCCGGUGGAUCAUCUCGCAGAAGAAAGCAGGAUGAGAUGACGACGAUGGCGAUGGCGAUGGCGAUGAGGCCCACGAUGCUGGCGUGCUGCAAGCUCUACAUCUCCGAGAGCCGCAACGCCUCCGCCCUGCGCGCCAUCGAGCAGGCGGCGCGCGCGGGCGCCGGCGCCGGCGCCGUCCUCGUCAACCGCUUCACCGACGACGCCUACAACCGGGUCGGCUACACGCUCGUCGCGCCCCUCCUCCCGGCGCGGCCGCCGUCGCCGCUGCGGCACGCCGUGUUCGGCAUGGUCAGGGCGGCGCUCGAGGCCAUCGACUUCGGCGCCCACGCCGGCACGCACCCGCGCCUCGGCGCCGUCGACCACAUCUGCUUCCACCCGCUGGCGCAGGCCUCGCUCCGCCACGUCGCUGACCUCGCCGGAGACGUGGCAUCCGACAUCGGAGACAAGCUCCAAGUGCCGACGUUUCUGUACGGCGCGGCGCACCGGGAGGGGAGGACACUGGCCACCAUCAGGAGGCAGCUCGGCUACUUCAAGCCCAACUCCUCCGGCGACCAAUGGAGGGGGGCACCGGACACGCACACCCUACCCGUCGCCCCCGACGCCGGCCCGUCGGAGGGGUCGGCGAGAUCCAAGGGCGUGGUGGUCGUCGGCGCCACCGGGUGGGUCGACAACUACAACGUCCCCGUCUACACCGCCGACGUGGAGGCGGCGAGGCGGAUCGCCCGCGCCGUCAGCGAGCGCGGCGGCGGGCUCCGUUCCGUGCAGGCGAUGGGGCUCGCGCACGGCGACGGCGUCGUGGAGGUCGCCUGCAACCUGCUUGACCCGGCGAGCGUCGGGGCCGAGCAGGUGCAGGGCAUGGUGGAGCGGCUCGCCGGCGGCGAGGGCCUCUCCGUCGGCAAAGGCUAUUUCACAGAUUUCUCGCAGGAUAAAAUCGUCGAGUUGUACGCGAAAUCAACCAACGCUGAGGAUUAAUCGCACUAAUAAAAAUUGCAAACGAAUUCUUCCCAAAAUUAAAUUAGGAGUUGAUUUGGUGGGAGUCAAACUCAAAAUUCAACAAUGAAAUUUGUCAUAUCAAUUAGUACUAAAUACUACCCCACAUAGGUGAGGGUUAAUUAGACGAACCUAAAUACGGAAUGAAGUGGACUUGUUCCGAAAACCAUCGUACCGACGCGUUGAAAAAUCUAUUGUUAUAAUAUUAAAACCUUCGUAUGAUCACAUAUAUAAUUUAUUUGAAAUUCACAUCCAUUUAAUUAAAGAUUUUAUUGUAAAGUUCUUUUAAGAGGGAGUACAAUAAUUCACAUCAUAUCAAAGGUUUUUAUUUUUAAGAGGGAGUACAAUAAUUCACAUCAUAUCAAAGGUUUUUAUUGUCAAGUUUUUAAAGAGGGGUUACACUAGUGUGAUGUAACCACAUAUGUGAGCUUAUGUACAGGGGAAGAGAUGUAGCACAGAUGAGAUAGAUCGUGCACUAAUAUUAAGUAUGAAUAUA